GAUGGAGGAUUACUCGCUCCCACUGUACUUGCUGUUAGCCUGACUGGGCCUGGAGUGUAUUUUGAUGAGCUUUGGCACCUUUGGGUGGCAGUGUUAAGAAGGAUACAGAGGUGAAAUGAUCUGGGCUUGAUUCCAGAGUGAAUACAUCUUUUGAGCCUCUUCGUGUGGCUCAGGGAGUUUCUCCCCCACCUAAGGGAAUGUGGCUCCUGUCGUAUGCACCACUUCUCCUCAAGGGAAUGAUUGAGUGCUGGAGGGCCACGGGAAGAUUUCAGGAGUGGUUGGAGAUGGUUCUGAGACAGCAUCCAGACUGCUGGAACAAGCCCUGGUAAAGUCUUGAGUCUAAAUUUAAGAACUCAUAAAAAUGGGCAGAAUUUUCUUGGACCAUAUUGGUGGCACUCGUCUGUUCUCUUGUGCAAACUGUGAUACAAUCCUGACCAACCGCUCUGAGCUCAUAUCAACUCGCUUUACAGGGGCCACAGGGAGAGCCUUCCUUUUUAAUAAGGUGGUAAAUCUGCAAUAUAGUGAAGUUCAAGAUCGGGUCAUGCUCACUGGCCGCCACAUGGUUCGAGAUGUGAGCUGCAAGAACUGCAACAGCAAACUGGGUUGGAUCUAUGAAUUUGCCACUGAAGACAGCCAGCGCUACAAGGAAGGCCGUGUUAUCCUGGAAAGAGCUUUGGUCCGAGAGAGUGAGGGAUUUGAAGAGCAUGUUCCAUCCGAUAAUUCCUGAAGAGACUUCGGCCUCUUUCCUGGUUUUCUUCAGUGAAACUCAAAAAAUAAAAAAUAAAAUAAAAAAAUAACAAAAAAAUUCUACUUAUAUACACUGUCACCUUAGCAUCAGAGUUGGAUUCAUUGAACUAUGGACUGGGAAAGAUUGUGAGAGUAUUUCAGAUGGAAACUUCCUUUCUUUAUUCCUUUAAUUUUUACUUUUCUCCCAACAGGUGUUUGUAGAGAAUGUCGAACAGAUGCUGUAAUUUUUUUCUCCUUUGUGUUUCAAUCUCUUAGAUCUGAGAUUGUAUCUGCAGCUAACAGUGGGGUGAAAGGAAAAUAAUCUGGUUAUACCUUUUGUUAGAGAAAUCAGUGGUUUUUAGUUCAUAUAAACUGAUACAUCAAUAGAAAAUUAUUUUAUGUCCAAAGGUGUUUUUUAAUUUACUUUCCAAUUUUUGACCUAAGUUUUUAACUUUUUUUUACCCAGUCAUUUCACCAGAUAUACUAGUUUAAGAAAAGAGAUCUGAAUUUGUGAUGAGUGUGAAAGGUUCAGUGUUGGUACGGCUUGUGCUGGCCAUUGUGCCAUAUUCUUGUUGAGGUUGAUCGGUAGCACAGAGCCCAUACUUUCUUGUCAUUCUUGACCCAAAGAUGUCACCAGUCUUCAUUUAUUUGUAAAGUCCCUUUCACCAUGUAACUGCUGAUCGGAAGCUAUUUUUGAAAUAGGGCAAAACUGCUUGGCUUUUUUUCUUUUAACUGAUGUAAUUUAUAAGCAUAGUAAUAAUCUAAAGUAAUUGUCUGUUUAGUCUUGUUGCUUUAAAAGUCAGAAGCUGUUUGUAAUGAUGGGGUUUACUGAGUAACUACUGUUCCAGUAGUGAAUGUGGUUUUUUCCUUUUCAUCUCUUUACUAACCUCAUUAAGUAGACAAAGCUAUUGCAAAUCUUAAUUCUUGUUCAUAUGUGUUUUUUUUUUUAACCCAAGACUUUGUGUUUUAAAACACAGCUACAGGGUAGGAGGAGGAGAAUGCUAGCAUGUGCAUUCAUGCGUACAAUCUGCAACUUCUUUAAACAGCUUGUUUUCAAAUGCUGCUUCUGGUAUUGAAACUUGUAUCUCUCUCUCAAUUUUAUUGCAUCUUUCUAUUGUGAUGUUAGACCUUUUUUUGUCUUUCCAACCAGCAGAACAGGCUUGCCUGGUUGUAAUUACUGACUUGAUUCCUGCUUCCUUCCUGUAGAAGUCAACUAUUUUAAGAUAUUGAAAUCUUUCUUAUCUCUUGGUGAAAAUGUUCUCCAUUACCUUUCUUAAGGGUGCCCAAACAUUGUGACUUGGAACCACACUGACAACUUGCUAAGAGCCCAAUGGCUGCACCUAAUUUGAAUGUUAUGUACUGUUCUUUAUCAGAAAUAAAUAUGCAUAGAUAUA